GAGGCGGCCAUGACGAUGUGCUGGGUCGGUGUGUGCGUGUGAGGCGAAGAGGAGUUUGUGGCUGUCUUUCUCUAAAUGGUGGUUUUCUUUCUGAUGGUUUUACAUCAUCUGCCAAUUGAAGGAUAAAGGCAUUGAUGAAAGAAGAGAGAAGACAGUUUUUAAAAGAAUUUGUGUCCCUAUUGUGAUGUAGACUGGGAAUAUGACAGAAAACCAAGAUUCAGAGGGAGAGAUACAUCCUCUGAAAAAUGAUGAGGUCAGAAACCAAGACACGAAUGACAUUUCUAACAGGCACAAAGGAACCAAAAUCAAGAAAUUUACCAAGUUUGGACAGCUUUCCCAUUGGAGAACUGCUGCUUUCUUUGUAGCAUUAUUUUUAUGUCUGAUUGUGGUGUUUGCAUUUUCCUUCAUAAUUCCCUGUCCAGUGAGGCCUGUAUCACAGAGGGCCUGGAACAAAACAUUUGAAAAUGCAGUGAGUUACCCUUUUUUCACUCUGUGGGAUAUGAACAGAGACAAAGUUAGUGAUGUGGUAUUUGCGUUGAAGUACUCCAAUAACACUAUAGUUAAUGGAUCAUGUGCAGCUGAGGGCCUUACAUUUCCCUGUGCCCAUGUUAUGGUGCUGUCAGGAACAAAUGGCAAUCUUCUAUGGCAGCGAGCUUUAGCAGAGGAUGUUCAGCAUGUGCAGUGUGGAAUUGAAAAUCUCAGCGGUAUGGAGACUUCAGGAUGCCUCAUCAUUGGAACCCCUUACCUCCUCACUGCAAUCAGUUCUUCAGGAGAUACGCUGUGGAUACUUAAUGCUAGUUUUGCAGUGAAUCUUUCUGUGAUUGAACCUGCAUUGAUACUUCCAGAUCUAGAUGGUGAUGGAGUUGAAGACCUUUUGAUCUUUUUUACAUCUAAUCAGGUUAGCUCUGUCAGCAAGUUGAUUUUGCGACUGUUGUCUGGAAAGAGUGGAGAUCCCAUUGGUCAAGAGGUGUACCACAACGUUACUGAAAACUUUGAACCUUUAAGCCCAUUGAUUCAUAUUACCAACACUGGUGCCUACUACGUUCUCUUUAUUGAAGGAACUGUACAAGGAGUGGCACUGAAAGAUAUUUAUUUGCAAGCAACUGGAAUGUUGCAGACAGCAGACAAAUUAAAUGCAGAUGUUCUCAAAUCAGAUUCUGAGUGGGAGAAAAAGACUGAUCCAGUGUUGAAAAAAAUUCAAAUCCAUAAUUCCAGAACAGCUAAAUAUCUUCAGGUGGUCCAUGCACAAGGAGAGAAGGCUGGAAAACUGUUAAUCAGUACGGAGGACACAGUUGAGCUUUUGGAUGGUCAAAACCUGCAGACAUAUUGGCUCCAUAAUAUAUCUCACCUUCAAGGAGCGCCAGUGUCUGGUUACUUCAACGCUGAUGAUGUUUUUGAUUUCCUAAUUGAAGACUUCAUUGAAAAGAACAGAAAGAAGAUUACUAUUGUGGAUGGUAAAACUGGCAAGAUUCUAUGGGAAGAGGAUUUAAUAUGCAGUAAAGACUGUCCCAAACCAUCUUCUAUCAACACUGUAUCCCGAACAUCUUUCCUUUUCUGGGGUGAACUUCCAACACAUACCAAUGGCUCUGUGCCAGAAGAUUUAACUGAGAAUAGACAUUAUCUCUACAUGGUUCAUCCAUCACAUCCAUAUGUAAUGCUGGAGCUAAAAAACACCACUGAAAAUGUGCUUUCCUUUACUACCGCCUUAUUUGAAUCAAGUAGACAUGCUUGCAAUGUCCUGCUGUUAGGGCAGCCUGUAGGAAGCAAAGAAGGACCAUUGACGAUCAUGAAACAAAAACUCAAAGAAAGCAUCCAUUCCAGCACUGUCAGACGUCUAAACAAGGGGCACAAUGUCUUCAGUGAUGCUGAAAUCAAGGACUACUACUAUAGAAUAAGAUACAGGAACUAAUGGUAAAUGAAAAACAAAUCAAUGAAGAAAUGCCCUGCUGUCUCGUUGCUAGAUAUAUUUAUGUACGUUUUUUUUAUCUUGCUGGCAAUUAAACAUUUGCCUGCAAGAUAUUAUGUACUUCUAAGAUCCAUUCAUAAUGAAGCCUUCUGGUUUCAGAGUUUCAUUUGAUAUUUCACUUUCAAAGGUGAAAGUCAAAAUUAAAUCCUAAAACAAGGUUGUAAUUCAUAAGCAAUUCAGGUAACUGUAAUGCCGGUACUCAGUGAUGUGUUUCAUCAGCUUACUUUCUUAAGAAAAUUCUUUGGGGGGGGGGAUGUGCAUGUUAUGACAAGGCCUUCCUUAAGUAUCCUCGAACUGAAUGGCUUGCUAGGCCAUAUAAAAGGGCAGGGAAGUGCCAGCUACAUUGCGGUCAGUCUGAUGUCACCAAAAGAAAGGCCAUUAGGCAGAUGCAGUGGUAUAACAGUAAUGUCACUGGAGCAGUCACUUCAGAUUAAUGUUCUGAUGACAUAGGUCCAAAUCCCUCCAGAAAGUGAAAUUUCAAUUCAAUAAAAAUCUGGAAUAAAAAGCUAGCCUAAUAGUGGCCACGUAACCACUGUCAAUUAUUAUUAAAAUCCAUGUCAUAUGCUGUUGCCCUUUAGAGGUGGACAUCUGCUGUGCUUGCGUACGUCUGACUCCAGACCCAUAGCAAUAUGGUUGACUCUUAAAUUCCCUAUGAGUAGUUAGGGAUGGGCAGUAAACCUAGGCUUAGCCCAUGACACCCAUGUCCCUUGGAUGAAUAGAGAGGUUUUUUUCUGAGAAUCAAUUAUUGCUAAAAAUGUUUGUGUACUGAUUCGCAUAAAUAUAGGGAAAAAAUGACCAUAUCCUACAAUAGUGCAACUUUAAAAGGCUGACUACUGUUUUUUUUUGUAUAUUCUCAGGUCUAUUUAAAAAUGCAGGUACUAAUUAUGAUAUUGGAACCUGAGUGUAAUACUUUAAUUAGUGCAUCAGCAAGAGUCUGGGCAUUCUUUGGCUAUAGUGGAAUCCAUGAAUGGUACCUUAGAGUCAGUCUAAAGUGUUUUUCAUACAGGGACGACACAUUGAGUACUCCUGUCCUAAGAAUGAAUAAGUUACUUAUUAAUGGGCUGCCAAAUUACAUGCAUCCAUUCCAGUACAUGCCUCAUCACUGUGCUCAACAGGCUUUUGGCAAGUUCCUCAACUGUGUCCGUUUCCCACUUCUUGCCUUUCUGUUCUCAGCUCUUCCUCUCCUUCCAACAAAGACAGCAUUCCCCUUGUCCUCAUUUUCAAUUAUACCAGCUUUUGCAUCAAAAAAAAAUCCCAGCCCCUCUCGUUUCUGCUAUCUCCAGCACAAUGAUCCACAAUCAUGGCAUUUGGUCAUGUCGUCACAGGCAGUGCAAAGCCUUUUAUUCACACCUUCUCUCACUCCAAUUAAUGCCCAAGCCCUCCUUUCAGGGGAAGCAACAGCUUUCUUGUUUCACUCAGUUCAGACAACUGCAUUUGCUUGUCACAGUGCAGUUCACAAUGGUAGGAGUAAUCUCCAACUGCACUGAUGACUUUGCAGAGCACUUGUUCCUUAAACGUGAUCCUGAGCUUCCAUAAUGGAUGCUGACCAUUUAUUUCACCAUUUGCUCCACACAAAUUUGUCCUUGGCCUGCUUCAGUGACGCAGUGAAACUUGGUAGAACCUCAAGGGACAGCACCUCAUUCUCCAUUUAGGAACUUCUGCACAUAACAUUGAGUUCUGUGAUUUCAGACUGUUAUCUUUGAUUCUAUUCUUCAGCUACGUGUCACAGAGCCAAAGAGAUGCACAGCACUGAAAUAGACCGUUCAGCCCAACUCGUCCAUGCCGAACAGAUAUCCUAACCUAAUCUAGUUCCAUUUGCCAGCACUUGACCCAAAUCCCUGUAAACCCUUCCUAUCCAUAUACCCAUCCAGAUGCCUUUUAAUUGUUGUAUUGUCCCAGCCUCCACCACUUCCUCUGGCAGCUCAUUCCAUACAUGCACCACCUUCUGUGUGAAAAGUUGCCCCUUAGGUCCUUUUAAUAUCUUUCCCUUCUCACCCUAAACCUAUGCCCUCUAGUUCUGGACUUCCCCACCCCAGGGAAAUGACCUUAACUAUUUACCCUAUCCAUACCGCUCAUGGUUUUAUAAACCUCUAUCAGGUCACCCCUCAGCUUUCGAUGCUCCAGGGAAAACAGCACCAGCCUAUACAGCGCCUCUCUAUAGCUCAAACCCUCCAACCCUGACAACAUCCUUGUCAGUGUGUUCAUGUUAUUGUUUACAAACAGAGCUAUCCAUUAUUCUGGCAUUUAAACUCACUUUGGACAACUUUUUUUUUGGUGCCUUCAUAUCAUUUCCUGUGCCUUUUGCUCCACCGCAUCUUUGGUAUUUAAUCUUUCCCAGCCUCGACUCUAUGCCAGUCCUUCCCUUUUGAUCUUCCAUCUCCUUUCAAUGGCAUAAAUCCCAUCACACUUCUACUUGCUGUCAGUUCUAAAGGAUGCUCCUAUUCACCUCAAAGCAGUAACUCUGUUUCUGUGUCCACAGAUGUUUCUGGGCCUACCAAGUAUUUCUAGCAUUUACUUAUCUUAUUUCAAAUUUCCAGUGUUUCUUUGGUUUUUUGCUUGAUGGGAAUUUGAUCAAUUGUUUUUCUUUCACAAUCCUGACUGCCAAAUGCUGGGAGCCAAAAAUUUAUUCCAAAAGAGUUGCAAAGUUUACAAAUGUAGCUCUUUGUUAAAAUAGGAAUACCUUGUAUGUUUCUUUGGGAAACCUAGAAUGGGCAUUGGUAGAAAUUGUGAAGUCUGUUGCAGCAACUACAGUAGCGCCUCAACUUACGAACUUAAUCCGUUCCGGGACCCAGUUCGCGAACCGAAAAGUUUGCGAACUGAAUCAAUUUUUCCCAUUUGAAUUAAUAUAAUUCCAAUUGAUCCGUUUCACCAUGUCGUACUGCUGAGCGAGAUCAGAAACGCGAGCACCAUUCUCGUGUUCAGCUAUUAUUUCCUUCGUUUCCACAGUAAUACGUUUAGGCUUCUUAACACCACUAUCACUACCACUUUUCACUUUCUGGGAGCCAGAAUGAGGGCUAAUUUAAUGCAAAAAAACAAAAAAAAGCGUAAAAAUGCUUGGACGUAGCAAUGAACAAUGUUCACAGCGCACGUGCCAAAGACAAACUGAAUGAGAUCACGCGGAGCGCAAGAGCUUUUGCGUUCGUACCUUGAAUUUCGUGCGUACUUUGAAGCAAACUUUUAUGUACAAUCCUGUUCAUAAACCGAUUUGUUCGUUAACAGGGUCGUUCAUAUGUCAAGGCGCUACUGUAUUUCCAUAGCUGUCGUACAAAUGGUUUAAAUUGGUCCUCCCUUCAAUACUGCAGUUUCUGCUGCUAUGCUGGUGGGAAAGCAUAUAUCAUUUAAUCUCCAUAUGUGAAUUAUACCAGGCAUAACUGAUUAAACAAAUAUGCUGGCAUAAUUUAGUGAUGGCUAAUACGAAGAUGGAUUAGGGUAGGCUUGUUUUCUUCACUGCUUCCAUGUAUUCCCACUGCUAGACUGUUCAAAAACUGAAUUGAUUGAGUGUAAAUUAGCAGGAUCGAGGGGGAAGCCAAAAUUCCAGGGAAGUGGAAGUACCAUUGAGUUUAGCUUAAUUCUUGUGUGACAAGUGGCAGAAUUCAACUGUGGACCACUGGGGCCGCAUGACAGUAAGAAAAGAUUGCGAGUUGGAAAGGGAGGUGAGAAUUAGACCAACAGUCUGGAUGGAGAGAAGAAGGGAUUGUGGAUCUUACAAUGCGGGAGAGGGGCCCUUAAAUUGAGGCCAAUGGGUUACAGGUCAGUGGAGUCCAACACAUCACAGCAGCAAGGAAAAACUAAUUGAAAGGUUUUCUUGUGGAUCUCUCUUGAACUGUAGCGCCAGCUAUUUUGAUCUCCAGUAAGCUGUGGGGUUUUUUUUAACUCCAGGAACCUUGAUCAGCAAAGUCUUUACUAAAUUAAUCCAAAUUUGCAGUGCAACCCUAAUGUAAGUAUUAGAGUUCUCAACUCUCCAAGACUGCUCAGAACUGACAGUUGUAGAAGCUGCAGGUUGAAAUCACAGCUUGCAACUUCUCAAUUUUAAUAUUGCCCUGAAUCAAGAUGGUAGCUGGUAUAUAGAGGCAUUUUUAAAAAAAACUAUACUUAUUCCCUUUGGCUGUUGGAAUUGAAACAUUAAAUAGAUCUUGUGCUAAUUAGAGUGUCUUUAACUGUUUGUUACCACAUUGCAAUGUGGUUUUGCAGUACAUAAGAAUGAAUGUAAAAUAAAUGAAACUACAAUAUCUUUUUUUUGUGUGUGUACGCUGCACUGGAGAGAGCUCACAAUGCACGAAUACUUUAACUAAAGGCCUUGUUUUAUGAAGCUGUGCCAGAAUAUUUGCCAUGUGCCAAUUUUGAUCCGUUAACCAGAAUUCUAUCGAAAUAUUUCAGGAAAACGUGCUGUUAGAUAAAAUGUUGCAAUUUAUCUUGUACUUGUAUGAUAAAUAUUUACGGUCAGUUUGAAUUAUCCAAACCAAUGAUUUCUUAAAAUAAUUAAAUUUGAUCAUCCCAAACUUGAAAAAUAAUUG